CUCCCCAAGAAUGGUUCCAACCCUAUCUUUGAUCUGUGUUUCACAAACACUCAAUUUCUUUGUUUCUUUGUUUUUCAUACCCCAUAAUUCCAUUUUCAUUCCUUCAUCAUCAAAAUCUAAUUGAAAUGGGUGAAGGAAAAAAUCAAAACUAUAACAAAGAUCAUCAUAAUCAUCAUCAUCAUCAGAAUAAAAAAUGGGAUGUAAUGGAAGAAGAAGCAGACAAGUAUAAACAUGAACAUAAACAUCCAUGUUCUUCAAAUGAAGAAGCUUGUUCAACAAUCUCAGAUGGAUCAUCGUCGUCCAUAACGUGUUGUUCUUCAUCUUCUUCAUCUGAUACAACAGAUGAUGCGUCUUCUUCUUCCGCGAAUUCCAGUAGAUCUUCCUUGUAUGAUCUAUCAGACCUAAUGUCUCAGUUACCUAUCAAACGAGGGCUAUCGAAGUUUUAUCAUGGAAAAUCAGACUCGUUUUCAUCUCUAGCAAGGGUAACGAGCAUUGAAGAUCUUCCUAAGAAAGAACACAAAAUGAAGAAGAAGAAGAAGAGCUACAGAUCUCAUACACUUCCUAAACCGAUCAUCUCAAAGAGAAAAUCGAGAGGCUAUUUGAAGAAAAAGUUUGGAAGUAGCAGCAUGAAGAAGAAAAUCGAUGAGUGAGAUUUGUGGCUUUUCCAUGUCUGUUGUAGGCUAAUCGAUGUUUUUUCUGUAAAUAUAAAGCUUUUUGCUUCUUAAUUACUUUUAACCAAAAAGAG